UAACUAAACUAUUCUUGCCGCGGACUAUCACACAAACCUACUGUACAGUACUUUCGAUGCAGGAUUAGUCGUCUACAUCCUCGAACUCGAAUCUCUACUCCCCCUCUCUCUUCCCGUCCGUCAUCUGCUGGAAAUGAAAGGAUCUUCUUAUUUGUCGUCAAGCGCGCGUCGAUGCUGUGUAGUCCUCUCUUUACUGGAAUCACAAGCGAGCGGCACCGUUGAGACGUUUCAUCCGAAAAACCUGCGAUUGAUUUUGCCUUUCUGGAAAUCAGGAUUUUGGCAAUCAACAAGAGAACCGGCGCACACGAGGACAAACGAGGCAAAUGCGGAAGAAGGCAGAGAAGAAAGUUCGGCUUUUCAAGGAUGGGAAGCAAAGCAGCGAGCAAGUUACUCUUUCUGACCUCCACGCCGAUCGGUUCAGCCCUGACGACGUCAUUGAUGUCCGCAAACGAUGUCGCUUCCAGGCUUUUGGGUCUUUUCAUACCUGUAGAGAAAAAAACACCGACCAUGUCACUUCUUUGCGAUACCUCUCAUAGAUCGGCCGAAGGUCGAGGGGAGGGGGGCUAUCUCCCGACCGGGCCGAGCCUCUGCAGAACUUCUAUGCAGGAAAUAGGGGGAGAGAGAGGGAGAAAGAUGCUAGAUGGGAUCAUAAUGAUAUUCAGUAUCUCUCAGCUGAUGCGAUGUCAUCGAAAGGUCAUUGAGGCAUGUAA